CGGUCCUGUCGCGGACCUGCACACUCGGUCUCCCGGGCGGACCGCGGGCAGCACACACAAGCUGGUACUCACGCGGAGGCGGGGACUGGGACUGUACUCAAGGGCACACCUGAUUCUAGAGGCAUCUUCAGGGGACGCUGGAGCUUGAUACUGAUGGACGUUGGAUGGACCAGAAGCAGGGAUGGUGGGCUAUGACCCCAAAGAAGAUGGUAGGAGUAACUCCAAGUCUGAGGUGGCAGUGGCAGGGUCUGUGUCUGGACUUAUCACUCGGGCACUGAUCAGCCCGUUGGAUGUCAUCAAGAUCCGUUUCCAGCUUCAGAUUGAGCGCCUGUCUCGCAGUGACCCCAAUGCAAAAUACUAUGGGAUCCUACAGGCUGGGAGGCAGAUUUUGCAGGAAGAAGGCCCAGCAGCAUUCUGGAAAGGACACAUCCCAGCCCAACUUCUGUCCAUUGGCUAUGGAGCUGUCCAAUUUUUGUCCUUUGAGCUGUUGACUGAGCUGGUCCACAGAGCCAGCCUGUACGAAGCCCGUGAAUUCUCCGUGCACUUUGUGUGUGGCGGUCUGUCUGCCUGUGCAGCCACCCUCACCGUGCACCCUGUGGAUGUUCUGCGCACCCGCUUUGCAGCUCAGGGUGAGCCCAGGGUCUACAAGACUUUACAAGAUGCUGUGGUGACCAUGUAUAGAACUGAGGGACCCUUGGUCUUCUACAAAGGAUUGACCCCCACCUUGAUCGCCAUCUUCCCAUAUGCUGGGUUACAGUUCUCUUGUUACAGCUCCUUGAAGCACGUCUAUGAGUGGGUCAUGCCGGCUGAUAGAAAGCACAGCGAGAACCUCAAAAACCUGCUUUGUGGCUGUGGAGCCGGAGUCAUCAGUAAGACCCUCACCUAUCCCCUGGACCUCUUCAAGAAACGGCUGCAGGUUGGAGGGUUUGAGCAGGCCCGAGUUACCUUUGGACAGGUGCGGAGAUACAGGGGCCUCUUGGAUUGCACCAAGCAGAUGCUGCAAGAGGAAGGUGCCCAAGGCUUCUUCAAGGGCCUGUCCCCCAGCCUGCUGAAGGCUGCCCUCUCCACAGGGUUAGUGUUCUUCUGGUAUGAGCUUGUCUGUAACUUCUUCCACUGCCUGAAAAGGACGGACAGCUAGCUGUGGAGGCAGGAAGAGACUGAGGUCUUUACUGGAGGGCACCUCCUGAGAGAAGCAAAACCUGAUCUCAUGUGGCACUGAAGGCUAUUGUCCCACCUGCCCUCCUGGCCAGCCUUCCCAAGCAUGAACAGUCACUGGGAGCAGGGUGGCAACCCUGACCCAUCCGGAUGGGAUACUAUCAGAAGGGCCAUGACUUUCUCCAUGAUGGAACACAGGUCUGGGGCUGUGGGAYGAGCAACACCGGUGAGAAGGAGCUGCCACUUGUUUCUUCUCAGUGCAGCCCAGAAACAAAGGAAUCAGACACUACCUUCCAACUCAUGGCUGCAUCCAUUGGGGAACUCUUGCUUCUGGAAGGCUGCAGCUUGAGUGCAGAGAGCAAGGAAUGGGCUCUUUGUAGGAGUUUGGUCCCCAUCCUUGGGCUAUUUUCCCCAACAACUUUUUUAAUAGACAUUAAAGCAAAAAAGCACAUUCCUUACCUUGCUCCUCCACCUUCCCUUACAAACUGCAUCUUUGCUCACCCAGGAUAAGGGAAGGGACUCUAACUUUCUCAAAUUCCACUUUAUCAGUUACAGCUGCUCUUAAUAAAUCUAAGGAUAAAGUUCCAGGUGAGUCAGUCAUUUUCAAAGCCUCCAGACCUAGACUUUAUGUCUACAAAGGCACUAGCACCAGACCAUGCUCUCCCAACAAGGCACUGGCUUCCAGGGAAGACAUACCAGUGACCCUACAGGAAGUGGAGGGAAUGUGCUGAUGGACAAGAUCUGGUAAAGGCACAGCCCUUCCCCCACUCUACCUUGGUUGGCUCCCCUUUCGCAGGCCCUGGGUCAGCCUUGUUGGGUGAGAAGCCUACAGCCAGGCCAGCUGGCAUCAGGGCCUGCUCAGGAUGUUCCUUCUCAGCUCAGCACAGCACUGUGUGUGUGUCCUCUGGAGCCCCAGAAGGGUCAUGGCCUCAAAGCUGUCCAGUGAGCAGAAGGGGAUGGAAGGGGCUGGGCAGACAGCCUGAUGAUGGCACAGUUGGCACUCAGGGAAGUUACCAGAGCCCAGGUACCCACAGAGGUGUGUGUCUAGAUGUGGAGGAAGAACUUCAGUUACAGGGGUAUGACUGCCACCCUUUCCAUCUGCCAGCUCUGCUGUGGGUUAGGCUCUGAGGAGGGAGGAGCAGCACCUUCACCUUGGCCUCACUUGGUACUCAGGCUAUGAUGCUCCAGCCCCUGCACCAAAUUGGAGAGACACCUUCAGGGAGUGGCCAUAGUUUGAGGGUGCUGGGGCCUUCCCGGGUACCUUGUGAUCCCUGAGUUCUUUCUCACCAUCAUGCUUCUUUCCUUGGACCUGGCUCUUUGUGGUCUGUUCAGACCUUCUGCUGAUGAAGGUCCAGGCUACCAAUUCCUCCAAGGCCUGGGCCUGCUGCAGGCAGCUGCAUCAUUGUAUUUAAUGAAAUUCCACUGGAGUAAAGUUUAUGCUCAUCUCUCCUGCUCACAAGAGAAUUUUUGCUGCAGCUGAGAAUUCUCCAUUUCCAGAGAGACUUUGGCAACACUCUUGACCGGGCUGUGGGGGGUGGGGCUGCAACUACGAAGCUCACCCAGUCCCUGCCAAGAAAGGCCAAGAGCACAGAGACAUGGGCCGCAUGUUGCCAAUUGGGACCCUUCCCUUCGACUGCCCCUUUGACUUGAAACUUAUUUUGUUAGUUUCGUUGGAGUAGGAGAGGG